AUGUGGCUGGACCGUUUCUCCGCCCACCCCCCGGCCUCCGGUGCGUCCACACCUGGCUCCCGCGCCUACUCCCCAGCCCGCCGUAACCCGCUCCUCUCCGCCGCCUCCUCCCACCCUGGCCGUCCAGGCUUCAGUCCUCGCUCCUCCUCCCUCUCUCUAGCCACCUCCCCCAAUGCCUCUACAUCUUCGAUCCCCGCCACCCUGCGCCAGGCAAAUGGCUCCUCCUUGUUGCCCAGACCGGACGGCUCGAAGCUGGACUCGAUAUCACAGCAACAACAACAACAACAACAGCAGCAGCAGCAGCAGCAGCAGCAGCAACAGCAACAGCAGCAACAACAACCGGACCCCCUGGAAGUGCUGUAUAACAUCCUUGGGAAACAGCCAAUGGCAGGUGAAAUGCAGACUGUAUCUGUUGUGAAGGCUGCGGUGGAGAAGCCGGAGCGUCUGGUCGAGGAUAUUGAGUUUGGGGAGUUGAGUUUGGAGGAGUUUGUCCAGCAGGGGAAGAGUGGUGGGGAUGCUGAUGAGACAACGGCUGGGGAUGAGAGAUCUAAAGGGCGUGGAGAUGUGCAGACCCUCGAGCAGUAUGAAAAGGAGAGGGAUAGGUUUCAGGAUCUCCACGGCGCAAUUGCGGGCUGCGACGAUGUCCUUAAAUCAGUGGAAUCAUACCUGUCCAGAUUCCAGACAGAACUAGGAGUCGUCUCCGCAGAAAUCGAAUCACUGCAGUCUCGAUCCGUCCAGCUAAAUUCACAACUGGAAAACAGACUCAACCUCGAACGGCUUCUAGGCCCUGCCGUUGAAGAGGUCAGCAUAUCGCCAAAGGCAGUGCGUCUGAUAUCAGAGGGCCCCAUCAACCAAGAAUGGGUCAAAGCCCUGAACGAAGUCGAGACGAGAUCGGCCUCUAUCGAAGCCAACACCUCCACCCUUACUAAUGUAAAGGCAGUCGAGGAUCUAAAGCCGUUACUAUCCGAUUUGAAAGCGAAGGCCAUCGAAAGAGUCAGAGAUUAUCUCGUCGCGCAGAUCAAGGCUAUUCGAUCGCCCAAUAUGAACGCCCAAGUCAUUCAACAGAAAUCCCUCAUAAAAUACAAGGAUUUAUAUGCCUUCCUCUCGAGACACCAUCCAACCCUUGCAGAGGAGAUCGUCCAGGCUUACAUCAACACCAUGAAAUGGUAUUACCUGUCCAACUUCACCCGCUACAUCCAGGCCCUGGAGAAGCUCAAGCUGCACGCUGCUGACCGCAAUGAUCUGCUGGGUGGUGACCCAAACGCUCAAAAACGCGCAAACGCAUACCACAGCACCCGCAACCCAACCUACGACCCCUUCUCCCUAGGUCGGCGCCUCGACAUCCUAAAAUCCGCCAACCCCACCGCCCUCCCCUCCUACCUAGCCGAAGACCCGCAGCCGCCCACCAAACAAACAAUCCACGGCACCGAAGUCCCCUUCCGCAACUUCAACCUAGCCCUCAUAGACAACAUCUCUGCCGAAUACAGCUUCGUCACUGAGAUGUUCGCCCCCGCCCUCCCGCACUCACACUCACAAGCAAGUGCAAGCACACAAACCGCCAGACUCCACCAAAUCUUCAACCCGGUCUUCACACUCGGCCAAACCCAGACAAAGACCCUCCUAGACCGCUCGACAGACUGCCUAGGCAUCCUUCUCUGCGUCCGCCUGAACCAGCACUUCGCCUUUGAGCUCCAACGCCGCAAAGUUCCUGUCGCAGACGGCUACAUAAAUCAAAUAAACAUGCUGCUCUGGCCCCGCUUCCAGAUGGUCAUGGACAUGCACACCGAGUCUCUCAAGCGGUUUGCAGCGGGCAUAAACACCAUCACCGGUGCUGCAGCUUCUGGUGCCAACAACAUCGCCGCCCUCGCGCUAACCAGCGGAGGCGAUAGACAGUCUUCGUCCUCCUCGUCAGCGCCGCACCCGCUGACACAACGCUUCGGGCAAUUCCUGCAAGGCAUUUUGGCGCUUAGUAGUGAGGCGGGGGACGACGAGCCUGUGUCGAACAGCCUGGCGAGGCUGCGGGGGGAGUUUGAUGUGUUGUUGGGGAAGUUUGGGAGGGCGGGGAAUGGAGGGGAUGCGAGGGGGAGGGAGAGGUUUUUGUGCAGUAAUUAUUCGCUUGUUAUGACUAUUAUUAACGAUACUCAUGGGAAGCUGGCGAGUGAGCAGAAGGAGGUGAGUCCCAACAUAUUGUCCACUUGUUGUCAAUGCCGAACCCCGAAUUCUCGGGCCGUGGACGGCAACCAACCGCGAUACAAGCAGUCUCCACUCACAAAACCAAUCAGAAGUAGAAAUCGAUACCCGACAAGACCAUUCUCAACCACAUCACCAGCCAACGCCGAUUUUACACAUGCGAUAAUCGGCGGCGGCAUAGUCGGCCUCUCCAUCGCCCGCCACCUCGCCGCCGCCCGCCCAAACACAACCACAGUCCUCCUAGAACGCCACGCCCACCUCGGCACAGAAACAACAAGUCGCAACUCCGAAGUGAUCCACGCAGGCCUCUACUACCCGCGCGCCUCUCUAAAAACCACCCUCUGCAUCCGCGGCAAGCACCUCCUCUACUCCCUCUGCGCGUCCCGCAACAUCCCCCACUCCAACACGUCCAAAUGGAUCCUGGCACAGGACGACGAGCAGAUGGAUACCCUGCAGCAGCUGUAUGAGCACUCAAGGCAGAUUCGGGUGCCGACGCGGUUUGUGGGGAGUGCGGAGGCGAGGAGGGCGGAGCCGGAUGUAAGAGCGCGGGCGGGGGUGCUGGAGAGUGCCAGCACGGGGAUUGUGGAUAGUCAUGCGCUCAUGGGGUGUUUGCGGGGGGAGUUUGAGGAGAUGGGGGGCGAUGUGGCGCUUUUGACUGCGGUGGAGGGGGUGGAGAAGUUGCCUGCUGGCGGUGGGUAUGUGAUAUACACCAGAUCCGGUGGUGGUGGGGGGAAAAGGGAAGGCGGGGAGGAAUGGGCGGUUACGGCGGAGACUCUCAUUAACGCCGCGGGACAUUCCUCCUGCGCUAUUUCUAAUAUGCUCCUGCCGCGGCACAGACAUGUGACACCCGCCUAUGCGAAGGGCACGUAUUUCUCCUACGCGGCGUCCAGUCCCAAGCCGCGCAGGCUGCUGUAUCCGGCUCCCAAGGCUGGGCUGGGGGGGUUGGGGACGCAUCUUACGCUGGAUAUGGCGGGGCAAGUGCGCUUUGGGCCGGAUGUGGAGUGGGUUGAUGGGCCUGAGGAUCUGGUGCCGAAUAUGGGGAGGUUGGAGGAGGCCGUGAGGGAGAUUCGGGAGUAUUUGCCCGGGAUUAAGGCGGAGAUGAUUCGGUUGGAUUAUUGUGGGGUUAGGCCGAAGUUGGCGGUCGGGGAGGGGGAGGAGAGGGGGGCGUUUAGGGAUUUUGUUAUUAGGGAGGAGGAGGGGUUCGAGGGGUUUGUGAAUUUGUUGGGGAUUGAGAGUCCCGGGUUGACGAGUGCGUUGGCGAUUGGGGAGAGGGUUGAGGAGUUGUUGUAUGGGUAG